UCUGAUCGAAUAUGAACAGACCGUUUUAAGUAUUACAUAUACCUAUAAUUUUUAAUUGACAACAAACUUUUUAAAGACAAAAAAUAACUUGUAUCGGAAUUUUGUUUUAUUGAACAAAUUGUACAUGAUUCAACCCAAACAUAAAUAUUACGAUUUUGAAGCACUUCUGCGGUCCCAUGAUCUCCCCUUAAUCUUCAAUUGUUUAAGUUGAAAUAAAUCAGUGAUGAUUUACUGCGCAUGUUUGCAUAAAUGUCCCAUAUGCAAAAAACAGCAAGCUGAGAAAAACACAAGGCAAGUUUGUCCCAUACAAAAAGGAAAUAACUGGAUUUAUUCCAGACUUCGACAAAAAGGGCUGGAUAUUUUUGAUUUUUCUGAAAGAACACCCGUUUUUUUUUGAGACAUUUAUGCGAUCAGGGACAGAUUACUGACACUUCGUUAUCUGAAGAAACUUGAUAAGAGCUAGCAAAUUCCCAUCAUAAAGAUGCAACACAGAGCAGUUUAAUUCAUAGCUGUGCUUCGUGCUUGAAGUGAAAACAUGGAGAAACAAAUUGUAAACAGCGUAUGUGGGCCUAUAGAUCCCAAGUCACUUGGAUUUACCUUAACGCAUGAACAUUUUUCGUUGGAUUUUGAAAAGUUUUAUGCAUCACCUCCAGUAGGAGUAGAGGAUUAUAUCGAUGAUAAAAUAACACUGAGCAAUGUGGGCUACGUUCGUCAAUAUCCAUACAGUAGCCGAUUCAAUAUAAAUUUUCAAGAUGAUGAAACUCAUCAGGCAGUAUUGAAGGAUGUUACAAACUUUAAGCAUUCUGGUGGUGGAACUAUUGUUGAAAAUACAUCUCAUGGACUCAAUAGAAAUUUAGAGCUCAUGUAUCAAAUUUCAAAGAAGUGUAAUAUUCACGUUAUUGCUGGUACUGGACACUACGUUCAAGCUGUACAGACAGGUUCGGUGAUAAAUUCAACCAUUGAGGAACUUACUGAUCUAUAUACAAAGGAGAUAUUGUUUGGAGUACCUGUUGUUGGAUGUGAUGAUCAUGGUGGCCUCAUUAAAUGUGGAAUCAUUGGUGAAGUUGGUAGUUCCUGGCCAAUAACAACAUUUGAGAAAAAGGCCAUUCAAGCUACUGCAGAAACGCAAAGCAUUUUGAAAUGUCCAGUAUCUUUUCAUCCUGGCAGAGAUAAAAAAGCUCCUUUUGAGAUUAUUCGUUUGUACUUGGAAGCGGGUGGAAACGCAGAUAAAUGUGUCAUGUCACAUUUAGACAGAACAUUACUACACGAUGAGGAUUUACAAGAGUUUGCAAAUUUAGGAACAUAUUGCCAGUUUGAUCUAUUUGGAACAGAGUGCUCAUACUAUCAGCUAAAUCCAACGAGCUAUAUGCAAUCGGAUGAGCAGCGAUUGACCCACAUCUUAGAGCUCAUAAACGCAGGGUGUUCUGAUAAGAUCCUUAUUUCUCAUGAUAUCCACACAAAGCAUCGACUGAUAGAAUUUGGAGGCCAUGGCUUUGCCCAUAUAUUAAAUAAUAUUCUUAUGCGGUUCUCAUUGAAAGGUGUGGAUUUGAACACAAUCGACGAUAUUACCAUUAAAAAUCCUGCCAAGUGGCUACAAAUGGAAGCUUAAAGAGUGAUUGAUAAGAAGCAAGAAUACGGUACGACGAAAAGCUAUAAUAAAAUGUUAUUUUUUAAAUCGUGUGUUAUGUUUUAAGAAAUGAAUGUUCAGCUUUGACAGUGGACAAUUUGACUAUACAUCCAGUUG